CCCAGAGUCUCGUCGUGUCCGACGGCUUGCAGGCCACCAGGCCCGAGAGGAAAGUGCGGGAAGAGCAGACAGGAGGCUUGGAGAUUAAUGAUUGACCGCCCGCUCACCUCCUCUGGCCGGAGCGCCCCAGACCCACCAGCCGCUCCAGAAACCCGCCUGGGAGGCCUCGGACACCGGACAAGGAGCCGCUGGACAUGGAAAGUUGUCACGGGGUCAUCUUUUGCUUCUUAUUCUGCCUCCUGCCCCGAGCCAGCCCCUGGGGACUCGCACUAGCAGGCCCCGAGGGGAGAAGCUCCGGGCCGGCCGAGCCCAAGGAGGCGCAGACACGGAGAGGACCGACGCAGAACGGACCGGACCGGACCCAGACCCGAUUCCUGCUGUUCCCGGCCUCCGGGGAUGGCCACUGCCGUCUCCAGCUAGGCCAUGCUGGUUCGCUGGGUCAGUGCGGCUUCAACGCCUCGCUGCCGCUGGUCAUCAUCGUACACGGCUGGUCGGUGGACGGCCUGCUGGAGAACUGGAUCUGGGAGAUGGCGGACGCGUUCAAGUCGCAGGCCACCCGGCCGGUCAACGUGGUGGUGGCCGACUGGCUCAGCCUGGCCCACCAGCACUACGCCAUCGCCGUCCGCAACACGCGACACGUGGGCCACGAGAUCGCCCGCUUCCUCGAGUGGCUGGAGGACGCCGUGCACUUGCCCCGCAGUCGCGUCCACCUCAUCGGGUACAGCCUGGGGGCUCACGUGUCCGGCUUCGCGGGCAGCUCCAUCCACGGCCCUGCCAAGAUUGGGAGGAUCACAGGUCUGGACGCCGCCGGCCCCAUGUUCGAAGGCACCUCGCCCGCCGACCGCCUGUCUCCCGACGACGCCACCCUCGUGGAUGCCAUUCACACCUUCACGAUGGAGCACAUGGGGCUGAGCGUGGGCAUCAACCAGCCGGUGGCCCACUACGACUUCUACCCCAACGGGGGCACCUUCCAGCCCGGCUGCCAUUUCCUGCACAUGUACCGCUACAUCGCCAAGCACGGCAUCAACGGGAUCGCCGAGACGGUGAAAUGCGCCCACGAGCGGUCUGUCCACCUGUUCAUCGACUCGCUGCGGCGGGACGCCCUGCGGAGCACGGCCUACAGCUGCAACGACGUCCACGCCUUCAAACGCGGCCUCUGCCUCAGCUGCGGCAAAGGCCGCUGUAACACACUGGGCUACCACAUCCGCCCGGACCUGCCCCGGCCCCGCCUGCACAACCCCAAGAGAUUCUUCCUGCUCACCAGGGCCCACGCCCCUUUCAAAGUCUAUCAUUACCAGGUCAAGAUCCAGUUCAUCAAUGAAAUGGGGAAGCGAGUGGAACCCACUUUCGCCCUGACCCUGAUAGGGACCGAGGGGGUCGCUCCCGAGCUACCCAUCACCCCGGUGGAGGGGAUCAGCGGGAACAAGACGUGCUCCUUCCUGGUCCCGCUGCCCUGGGCCGUGGGCGAGCUGACCGCUCUGCGGUUGCGGUGGCAAGACCCGGUCCUGUGGGCCGGCGUCUGGGACGCGGUGCAGACGCUCAUGCCCUGGGUUCCCGGGCCCCCGCGCCCGCAGCUCACCGUCAAGACCGUCCGCGUCAAGGCCGGGGAGACCCAGCAGAAGAUGACCUUCUGCCCGCAAAACCCGGAUGACCCACAGCUGUACCAGGCCCAGGAGAAAUCCUACGUCAGGUGUGAGGCCAGAGCCAAACGCACCGGUCUGCGAUCGUGACAGAGUGGAGAGAGAAAAUGAGAGACAGUGAGAGAGAGCCAGACGGAGAGCAAUCGUGGGGAGCUCCCAGGAGCGUCGGCAGUCCCCACUCCACAAAACAAUCCCCGGGUUCCUUUGCGGGCCUGGCAGAUCGUGAGAAUUAAAGUCUCGAUCGUGUCAA